AUGUCGGAGACUUUCGAGUUCCAGGCUGAAAUCUCUCAGCUCUUGUCCCUCAUCAUCAACACUGUCUACUCCAAUAAGGAGAUCUUCUUGCGUGAACUCAUUUCGAACUGUUCCGAUGCGUUGGACAAGAUUCGCUAUGAGUCCCUUUCAGACCCAUCCAAGCUCGAUUCGGGCAAGGAUCUCCGUAUCGACAUUAUUCCCGACAAGGAGAACAAGACCAUCACCAUCCGCGAUACCGGUAUUGGUAUGACCAAGGCUGAUCUCAUCAACAACCUCGGUACGAUUGCCCGCUCCGGUACUAAGCAGUUCAUGGAGGCUCUGACUGCUGGUGCCGAUAUCUCCAUGAUCGGUCAAUUCGGUGUCGGUUUCUACUCUGCAUACCUCGUCGCCGACAAGGUCACUGUCAUUUCUAAGCACAACGAUGACGAGCAGUAUAUCUGGGAGUCCAGCGCCGGUGGCACCUUCACUCUCACUCAGGACACUGAGGGUGAGCCCMUUGGCCGUGGCACCAAGAUGAUCCUUCACUUGAAGGAUGAGCAGACCGAAUACCUCCAGGAGAGCAAGAUCAAGGAGAUUGUCAAGAAACACUCCGAGUUCAUCUCCUACCCCAUCUACCUCCACGUCUUGAAGGAGACCGAGAAGGAGGUCCCCGAUGAGGACGCUGAGGAGAAGGAGGAGGAAGACGCCGAGAAGAAGCCCAAGGUCGAGGAGGUCGAUGACGAGGAGGAGGAGAAGAAGCCCAAGACCAAGAAGGUCAAGGAAUCCAAGAUCGAGGAGGAAGAGCUCAACAAGACCAAGCCCAUUUGGACUCGCAACCCUGCUGAUAUCACCCAGGAGGAAUAUGCUUCCUUCUACAAGUCUCUCUCCAACGACUGGGAGGACCACCUUGCCGUCAAGCAUUUCUCUGUUGAGGGUCAGCUUGAGUUCCGUGCCAUUCUCUUCGUCCCCAAGCGCGCUCCCUUCGACCUUUUCGAAACCAAGAAGACCAAGAACAACAUCAAAUUGUAUGUCCGCCGUGUCUUCAUUACUGAUGACGCCACCGACCUCAUCCCCGAGUGGCUCAGCUUCGUCAAGGGUGUUGUCGACUCUGAGGAUCUCCCUCUUAACUUGUCUCGUGAGACUCUCCAGCAGAACAAGAUCAUGAAGGUCAUCAAGAAGAACAUUGUCAAGAAGACUCUUGAGCUCUUCAACGAGAUCGCUGAGGACCGCGAGCAGUUCGACAAGUUCUACACCGCUUUCAGCAAGAACAUCAAGCUCGGUAUCCACGAGGACACCCAGAACCGCCAGGCUCUUGCCAAGCUUCUCCGCUACAACUCCACCAAGUCCGGUGACGAGAUCACUUCUCUCACUGACUACAUUACUCGCAUGCCCGAGCACCAGAAGCAGAUCUACUACAUCACUGGCGAGUCCCUCAAGGCUGUCCAGAAGUCUCCUUUCCUCGACACUCUCAAGCAAAAGAACUUCGAAGUCUUGUUCCUUGUUGACCCCAUCGACGAAUAUGCUUUCACUCAAUUGAAGGAAUUCGAUGGCAAGAAGCUUGUCGACAUCACCAAGGACUUCGAGCUUGAGGAGACCGAUGAGGAGAAGGCUGAGCGUGAGAAGGAGGAGAAGGAAUACGAGGAGCUUGCCAAGAGCCUCAAGAACAUUCUCGGCGACAAGGUCGAGAAGGUUGUUGUCUCCCACAAGCUCGUCGGUGCUCCUUGCGCCAUCCGUACCGGCCAGUUCGGUUGGUCCGCCAACAUGGAGCGUAUCAUGAAGGCUCAGGCUCUCCGUGACACCUCCAUGAGCUCUUACAUGGCUUCCAAGAAGACUUUCGAAAUCUCUCCCAAGUCUCCUAUUAUCAAGGAACUCAAGAAGAAGGUCGAGUCCGAUGGCGAGAACGACCGCACUGUCAAGUCCAUCACUCAGCUCCUCUUCGAGACUUCUCUCUUAGUCUCUGGAUUCACCAUUGAGGAACCCGCUAGCUUCGCCGAGCGCAUCCACAAGCUCGUUUCUCUCGGCCUGAACGUCGACGAGGACGCCGAGACCGCUGAGGAGAAGGAGGCCGAAGAAGCCCCUGCUGCCGAAGCCACUGGCGAGAGCGCCAUGGAGGAGGUCGACUAA